GAAGAAGAGACGUAUGUGACUGAUAUGAAGGCAGAAGAUAUAGAGGGAGAAGAAGAGACGUAUGUGACUGAUAUGAAGGCAGAAGAUAUAGACGGAGAAGAAGAGACGUAUGUGACUGAUAUGAAGGCAGAAGAUAUAGAGGGAGAAGAAGAGACGUAUGUGACUGAUAUGAAGGCAGAAGAUAUAGAGGGAGAAGAAGAGACGUGUGUGACUGAUAUGAAGGCAGAAGAUACAGAGGGAGAAGAAGAGACGUAUGUGACUGAUAUAAAGGCAGAAGAUAUAGAGGGAGAAGAAGAGACGUAUGUGAAGGGUGAUCUGCAGUGUAAGGAGGAGGAAAUCCCUACAGAUAUCAGCACAGAUGAAUGUAACAGAAGGAAUAUCUCGGAAGAAAAUCUAAUUUCAUCUUCAGGUUGUAAAAUAGAAGAUGAUGACAUCACACAAGAUUCUCCUGGAGAAACCCCUACUGCCCUACUCGUACCUCCUGUACCUCACAAUGUGCUUGUGUCAUGUGGUCCCUCUAAUCAGAGGGAAUGUUCUGAUAACACUGAUAUUGGGUCAUCUUCUACAGCUCUGACAGUAGAUAAAAUAUUUCCCUGUUCUAUAGAUGACAGAUGUUUUACACAGACCGCACAGCUUAUAACCAAUCAUCCAGCUAAGGGAGGUGAGAAACCAUUUCCAUGUUCUGAGUGUGGGAAAUGUUUUACCGAUAAAUCAAAUCUUGUUACACAUCAGAGAAGUCACACAGUUGACAAGCCAUUUCCAUGUUCUGAGUGUGGGAAAUGUUUUACACACAACUCACGUCUUGUAGCACAUCAGAGAAGUCACACAGGUGAGAGGCCAUUUCCAUGUUCUGAGUGUGGGAAAUGUUUUACACACAAGUCACAUCUUGUUGCACAUCAGAGAAGUCACACAGGUGAGAAGCCAUUUCCAUGUUCUGAGUGUGGGAAAUGUUUUACACACAAGUCAGAUCUUGUUGCACAUCAGAGAAGUCACACAGGUGAGAGGCCAUUUCCAUGUUCUGAGUGUGGGAAAUGUUUUACACACAGCUCAAGUCUUGUUAAACAUCAGAGACGUCACACAGGUGAGAAACCAUUUCCAUGUUCUGAGUGUGGGAAAUGUUUUACUGAUAAAUCAGAUCUUGUUACACAUCAGAGAAGUCACACAGGUGACGAGCCAUUUCCAUGUUCUGAGUGUGGGAAAUGUUUUACAUACAACUCACGUCUUGUUAAACAUCAGAGAAGUCACACAGGUGAGAAACCAUUUCCAUGUUCUGAGUGUGGGAAAUGUUUUACCGAUAAAUCAUAUCUUGUUACACAUCAGAGAAGUCACACAGGUGAUAAACCAUUUCCAUGUUCUGAGUGUGGGAAAAGUUUUACCGAUAAAUCACAUCUUGUUACACAUCAGAGAAGUCACACAGAUGACAAGCCAUUUCCAUGUUCUGAGUGUGGGAAAAGUUUUACACAGAAGUCACAUCUUGUUGCACAUCAGAGAAGUCACACAGGUGAGAAACCAUUUCCAUGUUCUGAGUGUGGGAAAUGUUUUAGAGAUAAAUCAUCUGUUGUUAGACAUCAGAAACUUCACACACAUGAGAAUGUGUAACAUGACAGUAAUCGAAUCUUGAUAAAACUAUACUUUAUUAACACUAUAUAAAAUUUGUAUAUAUGCAGAUGGAAAGUUAUUUAUCUUACAAAUAAAUCUAAUUUCUCACAUAUUUUUUGUUAAA